AUGUCUGGUCCAUUGCCUAGUAAUGUGAGCAUUCUUCAAAAGUUAUACAGUCUGGAUUUGUCUUACAACUCAUUGAAUGGAACAAUACCCUCUUGGGUGUUUAACCUCCCUUCCUUCCGUGAGUUGAAGCUCCAUCAUAACCAAUUCAGCAGAGUGGCUGAUGAGCUCAAAAUAAACCCAGCAUUAGGGGAGUUGGAUUUAAGUCAUGAUCAACUCAGUGGUCCUUUUCCCUCUUCAAUUUAUAGCUUGACAUAUCUUGAAAGCUUAGAUCUUUCUAAAAACAACUUCAUUGGUCUAUUUCCCUCUUCAAUUUUAAGCUUGACAGGUCUUGAAAGGUUAGACUUAUCAAGUAAUUCCCUAUCUGGUCCACUACCUAGCAAUGCCAGUAUGCUUCUAAUGCUAUUCAGUCUGGAUUUGUCUAACAACUCACUGAAUGACACAAUACCUUCUUGGGUACCUUCUUCUAUCUCUAAGUUGAACAAUCUUAGAUUACUGGAUUUAUCACACAAUAAUUUCAGUGAAUCAGAUCCACAUUGCUUGGGAAGCAUGAUUUGGCUAAAGGUUCUUGACUUGAGAAGAAAUAAUUUCACGGGGAGUCUUUCCCCAUUGUGUGCGUAUAGCACUUCAUUGAAUACCAUUGCCUUGAAUGGUAAGCGUUUUGAAGGACCUGCCCCUAUGUCGUUGCUCAAGUGUGAUCAUUUAGAAAUCUUUGAUGUGGGGAAUAAUACUAUAAAUGACACAUUUAAAGCUUGGCUAGGAACUCUUGAACAGUUGCAAGUCCUUAUAUUAAGGUCGAACAAAUUCAAUGGACCUAUAAGUACUAGGAAGAAGCUUUGCUUUCCUAGGUUGCAGAUUUCUUUCUCUCUCAUAAUGAAUUCAGUGAAACUUCAAAGCAAUGAUGAAAUUAGAUUAUGGAGGAAAAAAAUGAGAUCAACUAUAUGCACACGUUUAGCACACUUUAUGAGAAAGCAUUACUACAAUAUUAUGAUCCAGUAA